AUGUCGGUUCUCCCGCCCGAGGUCCAUGCCGAGCUGGCUCAGCUUCUCCAAGCCCUCCAAGCUUCCGACAACAAUGUCCGAACUCAAGCGGAAGAACAUCUGCAAAAUAACUGGACCACCACACGGCCAGAGAUCCUGUUGAUGGGCUUGGCUGAACAGAUUUCGUCGUCGAGAGAUGCAUCGAUUCGCGCUUUUUCUGCCGUUAUUUUUAGGCGAAUAGCCUCCAAAACGCGGAAGACGGCAAGCUCGGAAAAUACCGAUAUGUUUUUUUCUCUGGGCAAGGAACAGGCCGAGGCUAUCCGCAUAAAGCUCCUGGAGACGUUGGGAACAGAGUCUGACCGGGCCGUCCGCAACAAGAUCAGCGACGCCGUGGCUGAAAUCGCCAGACAGUACUCUGACAACAGCGAAUCGUGGCCGGAACUCCUAUCGGUUCUUUUCAAUCUUAGUCAACAACCUGACGCUGGUAAGCGUGAGACUGCUUUCCGUGUCUUUACCACGACUCCUGGCAUUAUCGAGAAACCGCACGAGGAAACUGUGGCCCAAACAUUUGCCCAGGCCUUCAAGGAUGAGUCCGUCUCGGUCCGACUAGCAGCGAUGGAGGCAUUCGCCGCAUUCUUCCGAUGCUUGACUAAGAAAAACCAGACAAAGUACCACGGCCUCCUGCCCGAAGUCUUAAAUAUCCUACCCCCUAUCAAGGAUUCGCAGGAUUCCGAAGAUCUCAGCAAAGCCCUCGUUGCUCUCAUCGACCUCGCCGAAAGCGCGCCCAGGAUGUUCAAGCCCGUCUUCAACAAAUUGGUUCAGUUUGCCAUCUCCGUCAUUCAAGACAAGGAACUGAACGACCUAUGUCGGCAAAACGCUCUUGAGCUUAUGGCAACGUUUGCCGACUAUGCUCCGUCGAUGUGCAAGAAGGAUCCUAAUUACACUAGUGACAUGAUCACUCAAUGCCUCAGCCUAAUGACGGACUUGGGCGAGGAUGACGAUAAUGCUGAAGAAUGGCUUGCGUCUGAUGAUUUGGAUCAGGAAGAAAGCGACCAUAACCAUGUUGCUGGCGAGCACUGUAUGGACCGGCUAGCCAACAAGCUUGGAGGCUUGGUCAUUCUCAUGCCGACCUUCCGUUGGCUACCGCAAAUGAUGCAGUCUCCCGCCUGGAGAGACCGCCACGCUGCUCUGAUGGCAAUUUCUGCCAUCUCGGAGGGAUGCCGGGAGCAGAUGAUUGGUGAACUGAAACCUGUCUUGGAACUCGUCGUUCCGGCUCUGAGAGACCCGCAUCCCCGCGUACGCUGGGCUGGGUGUAAUGCGCUGGGGCAAAUGAGCACCGAUUUUGCCCCCACCAUGCAAAAGGAUUACUACGAUGUUGUGCUCAAGGCCAUCGUCCCCGUUCUGGAGUCCCCUGAGGCGAGAGUCAAGUCUCAUGCCGCCGCAGCUUUGGUCAACUUUUGCGAGGAAGCCGAGAAGAGUGUUCUCGAGCCUUACCUUGACGAGUUGCUUUCUCAGCUCUUUCAGCUCCUCCAAAACGAAAAGCGAUAUGUUCAGGAACAGGCGCUAUCGACAAUUGCGACAAUCGCCGACGCGGCUGAGAAAGCCUUUGCUAAGUAUUACAGCACCCUCAUGCCCCUGCUCUUCCAGGUUCUCAAGCGCGAAGAUGACAAGGAAUUCCGCCUGCUCCGUGCCAAGGCUAUGGAGUGCGCGACCCUCAUUGCGCUCGCAGUAGGGUACGAACGAAUGGAGCAAGAUGCUUAUGAGCUGGUUCAACUCUUAGAUAAGAUUCAGGACAACAUUACGGACGCAGACGAUCCCCAAGCUCAGUAUCUGAUGCACUGCUGGGGAAGAAUGUGUCGAGUCAUGGGCAAGCAUUUCCUUCCAUGCCUGCCCAAGGUCAUGCCGCCUCUGCUCCAGCUUGCCAGCGCCAAAGCCGAUAUUCAGCUACUGGAAGACGAUGAGCAGAUCGAACAGUUCCAACAAGAAGACGGAUGGGAGUUGCUUCCUCUUCGCGGUAAAACCAUUGGAAUCCGGACGAGCUCCAUGGAUGACAAAAACAUGGCCAUUGAGCUUCUUGUCGUCUACGCACAAGUCCUUGAAGGAGACUUUUCUCCCUGGGUAGCCGAUAUUAUGGAGAAGAUUGCUCUUCCUGGCCUCGCCUUCUUCUUCCACGACCCUGUGCGGUUUGUAUCGGCCAAGCUUGUUCCACAGCUUCUCGGUUCAUACAAAAAGGCUUUCGGCCCCGAAUCUACCGAAUUAAACACGCUCUGGCUGAACACCGUCGUCAAGUUGCUCGAAGUACUCACUGCAGAGCCCGCUAUUGACACGCUGGCAGAGAUGUAUCAAUGCUUCUACGAGGCUGUAUCAGUAAUUGGGAGGCCAUGCCUUACUGCCGAACACAUGGAUCGAUUUAUCGACGCGGCCACCACCACACUCGAAGACUAUAAGGAGCGUGUCCAGCGACGGGCCGAUGAUGCUGAGAAUGCCGCUGCAGAAGACGCAGAAGACGAAGAGGAAGAGCUGCUCAUAGCUAUCGAGGACGAUCAGACACUCCUCUCCGAUAUGAACAAAGCCUUCCACUGCAUCUUCAAGUUCCAUGGUUCUACCUUCCUUCGCCCCUGGGAGCGCCUGGUUCUCACGUACGAUGGAUUUCUGAAAUCGAGCGACCCCACCCAGCGACAAUGGGGCUUGUGCAUAAUGGAUGAUGUUCUCGAAUACUGUGGCUCGGACAGCAGCAUUUAUGAGCGUUACAUUACGGGCCCACUGCUGAGCGGCUGCGAUGAUGCAUCGCCCGCAAUCCGGCAGGCGGCGGCCUAUGGUAUUGGCGUAGCUGCCCAUCGUGGUGGGCAAGCCUGGGCAACAUUCGUCGGAAACGCAAUCGAGCCCCUUUUCCGGAUCAUGGGGACACCAAAUGCGCGCAGCGAAGAGAAUGUCUACGCGACAGAAAAUGCCUGUGCUGCAGUUGCAAAGAUCCUCCACUACAACGCAUUUGAGGUCCCGAACGCCGACGCGGUUAUCGCCCAGUGGGUCAACUGUCUACCCAUCACCAACGACGAGGAGGCAGCUCCAUAUGCGUACGCUUACUUGGCUGAGCUCAUUGAUAAGCAACAUCCCGCCGUCUUUGCACAAGCCGAAAAGGUCUUCUUGUUCGUGGCGCAGGCUCUCGAGGCCGACACCCUGACUGGGCAGACAGCUGCCCGAGUCUGUGGGGCAACCAAACUGCUCGUUGCGAAUACCAACACGAACGCGGAGUUGAUCCUCCUACAAUUCUCUCCCGAUGCUCAAGCGGUUAUUCGUGCACAUUUCAGCUAG